UCCUGAAGGAACAAAGGGGUUUUAGCGGCGUCCCUACCGAAAGUGUUUUACAGAUUUCUGGGGUGAAAGUUUCUGCUCCACAAGACCGUCUGUAUUGCUGUUAUAAUGAACAUCUGAUUGUCUUCAGCAAUACAAAAAUACAAGCUUCAGUAUGUCAGAAAAACGAAGAGAAGGUUGUUGGUCAGAGAAAAAAAGUGUGGGAUCAGGUUCAUCUGUGUUUAGUUCUGUGUCUCUGAAGAGUGACCAGUCGAAAGGCGAAGUUCCAAACUUCAUUGAGAUACCACCAUCAUCUGAAGGGCUCCUAUAUGAGAGUAUACAUUCAGAUUGCCAGACAAUCUUUAAGGAUCUUGAGAGCAAAAUAUUUAAAUAUGUGAAGAAUCAGCUAAACAAGUUUAAGAAAAUCUUACGACAAGAAAACAUGCGAGACUUCAUUAAAGACUUUAGUGAGGACAGAUGCAGAAUAAAAGAAGCAGCUCUUGAUCUCACACUUUACUUCCUGAGAGAAAUGAAGCAAGAUGAAGCAGCAGAUACUCUAGAAGAUGAGCUGAUCUUCAUUAAUCAGCUGAAAUGUGGCCUACAGAAGAAGUAUCAGUGUGUUUUUGAAGGAAUUGCACAGCAAGGAGACUCCACACUCCUGAAGAACAUCUACACAGAUCUCUAUAUCACUCAGGGUGGCAGUGAACAGGUCAAUACUGAACAUGAGGUCAGACAGAUUGAAGUUACUUCCAGACGUCAUGAAGCUCAAGAGAUACAGGUUGAAUGCAGACACUUGUUUGAAGCGUCUGCACAAGACAAGCAGAUCAGAACUGUAAUGACAAAAGGAGUCGCUGGCAUCGGGAAAUCAGUCUCUGUGCAGAAGUUUGUUCUGGAUUGGGCUGAAGGAAAAGAAAAUCAAGAGAUCAGCUUCAUAUUUCCUCUUCCAUUCAGAGAGAUGAACUUAAAGGAGAAAGAAAAACUCAGUUUGAUGGAGCUUAUAACUCAGUUUUACCCAGAGACAAAAGGACUGAACCUUACAAGAAGGAAUCGAUAUAAAGUCCUGUUCAUCCUUGAUGGAUUGGAUGAAUGUCGUCUUCCUCUGAACUUUGCUGGUAAUGAGACGUGUCGUGAUGUUUCGUCACCAGCCUCUCUGGAUGUUCUCCUGACGAACCUCAUCAGGGGAAAUCUGCUUCCUUCUGCUCUCAUCUGGAUCACCAGCAGACCAGCAGCUGCCAGUAAGAUUCCUCCUGACUGUAUCGACAGAGUGACAGAGAUACGAGGAUUCAAUGAUGCACAAAAGGAGGAGUACUUCAGAAAAAGACUUACAGAUGAGAAUCAGGUCAACAAAAUCAUUGAUCAUGUUAAACAAUCAAAGAGUCUCUUCAUCAUGUGCCACAUCCCAGUCUUCUGCUGGAUUUCAGCCACUGUUCUCCAGAACAUUUUACAGGAGAAGAGAAAUAAUGAUGUGAAAAACAAUCAGGCUGAUGACGCCUCCAAAACACUGCAGGAAUCAAACACUGAAGACACUCCCAAGACUCUGACACAGAUGUACACACACUUUCUGCGCUUUCAGAUCCAGCAGAGCAGACGAAAGUAUAAUGGAGAAUACACACCAGAUGUUUUUUGGGAUAAAGACGCCAUCCUUUCACUGGGGAAACUGGCAUUUCAACAGCUGCUAAACAACAACCUGAUCUUCUAUGACACAGACCUGGAAGCCUGUGGUAUUGACGUCUAUAAGGCCUCAGAUUACUCAGGCAUGUGUACUCAGAUCUUUAAGGAGGAAAAAGGGAUGAUUCUUGGUACCAUGUACUGCUUUGUUCACUUGAGCAUUCAAGAGUUUAUUGCAGCCCUUAAUGCACAUCUGAUUCUAGACAUCAACAAGAAAACUGUGUUUGAUCAAGACUCUACAGAACAGGAGAACAGAAAUGAGUCCAUGAUUGAUUUGCUGAAGACUGCAGUGGACAAGGCACUUGAGAGUGACAAUGGACACCUGGACCUUUUCCUUCGCUUCCUUCUUGGUCUGUCUCUUCAGUCCAAUCGACAACUUUUACGAGGUUUGUUUACACAGCAAGACCACAAAAAAGUAGAUCAGCAGCAAGCCCACAAUGACCAGAGCAAAGAGGAAAUAGUUCAGUACAUCAAGCAGAAGUUUGAAGUGAAUCUUUCUCCAGAGAGAUCCAUCAAUCUGUUCUACUGUCUGAAUGAACUGAACGAUCAAACUCUGGUGAAAGAGAUUCAGUCUCACCUUAGCAAAGGAAGUCUCUCAUCUGCUGAUCUUUCACCUGCCCAGUGGUCUGCUCUGGUCUUUGUGUUAUUGACAUCACAUGAAGAGAUGGAGGAGUUUGAGCUUCAGGAAUUCAAGAAAUCAGACGAGUGUCUCAUCAGACUAUCAGCAGUCAUCAAAACUACCAAAAAAGCUCUGUUAAAUGAUUGUAACUUAACACACAGAAGCUGUUCUGCUUUGGCUUCAGUUCUCAGAUCAGAUACCAGUCUAAAAGAGCUGAACAUGAGCAAUAAUAAUCUGCAGGAUUCAGGAGUGAAGCUGCUCUGCACUGGACUGAAGGAUAGAUGUGAUUUGGAAUUACUGAGGCUCAGUAAGUGUGAUCUAACAGAGAAAAGCUGUUCAGCUCUGGCUUUAGUUCUCAGAUCAGACUCCAGCAGUCUGAAGGAUCUUGACCUGAGCAAUAAUAAUCUGCAGGAUUCAGGAGUGAAGCUGCUCUCUGAUGGACUGAAGGACAGUAAACUGGAGAAACUCAGUCUUUCAGACUGCAGCAUCAGUGAAGAAGGUUAUAAAGCUCUGGCUUCAGCUUUGAGAUCAAACCCUUCACACCUGAUAGAGCUGGAUCUCAGAGGAAAUGAUCCUGGACAAUCAGGAGUGAAGGAGCUCACUGAUUUGCAGCAGGAUCCACACUGUACACUGAAAACACUGAGGUUUUUGAGUCCUGCUGCUGAUGAAUUCUGUCAGUUUGUGUCUGGAAUUGAGGGUAAAAACCUGUUACUCCUGAAAGAACUGAAUCUGAGUGAUCAAGAACUAGGAGACACACGAGUGAAUCAACUCUCUGCUCUACUGCAGGAUAAACACUGUAAACUCAACACACUCAUUCUGCGUAAUCGCAGUAUUACAGAGGAACAGUGUGUGAUCCUGACUUCAGCUCUGAAAUCAAACCCAUCACACCUGAGAGAACUGAACCUCAGUGAGAAUCAAAUAAGAAACACAGGAGUGAAUCUUUUAUGUGACGUACUGAAGGAUUCACACUGUAAACUGGAGACACUGAGGCUCAGUAAGUGUGGUCUUACAGGGGAAAGCUGUUCAGCUCUGGCUUCAGUUCUCAGAUCAGACUCCAGCAGUCUGAAGGAUCUUGACCUGAGCAAUAAUAAUCUGCAGGAUUCAGGAGUGAAGCUGCUCUCUGAUGGACUGAAGGACAGUAAACUGGAGAAACUCAAUCUGUCAGACUGCAGUAUCGGGGAAGAAAGUUAUAAAGCUCUGGCUUCAGCUCUGAGAUCAAACCCUUCACACCCGAUAGAGCUGGAUCUCAGAGGAAAUGAUCCUGGACAAUCAGGAGUGAAGAAGCUCACUAAGUUACUACAGGAUCCACACUGUACACUGAAGACACUGAGGUUUUUGAGUCCUGCUGCUGAUGAAUUCUGUCGGUUUGUGUCUAGAAUUGUGGGUAAAAACCCGUUACUCCUGAAAGAACUGAAUCUGAGAGGUCGUAAACUAGGAUACACACGAGUGAAUCAACUCUCUGCUCUACUGCAGGAUAAACACUGUAAACUCAACACACUCAUGUUUUUGAGUCCUGCUGCUGAUGAAGGCUGUCAGUUUGUGACUGGAAUUGUGGGUAAAAACCUGUUACUCGUGAUAGAACUGAAUCUGAGUGAUCGUAAACUAGGAGACACACGAGUGAAUCAACUCUCUGCUCUACUGCAGGACAAACACUGUAGACUCAACACACUCAUGCUCAUUAAGUGUGAUCUAACAGAGAAAAGCUGUUCAGCUCUGGCUUCAGUUCUCAGAUCAGACUCCAGCAGUCUGAAGGAUCUUGACCUGAGCAAUAAUAAUCUGCAGGAUUCAGGAGUGAAGCUGCUCUCUGAUGGACUGAAGGACAGUAAACUGGAGAAACUCAGUUAUUCAGACUGCAAUAUAAGUGAAGAAGGUUAUAAAGCUCUGGCUUCAGCUCUGAGAUCAAACCCUUCACACCUGAUAGAGCUGGAUCUCAGAGGAAAUGAUCCUGGACAAUCAGGAGUGAAGGAGCUCACUGACUUACUACAGGAUCCACACUGUACACUGAAGAAACUGAGGUUUUUGAGUCCUACUGCUGAAGAAGGCUGUCAGUUUGUGACUGGAAUUGUGGGUAAAAACCCGUUACUCCUGAAAGAACUGAACCUGAGUAAUGUUGAACAAGUAGACACAGGACUGAAUCAACUCUCUGCUCUACUGCAGGAUAAACACUGUCAGAUUAACACACUCAUGCUCAGUAAGUGUGAUCUAACAGAGGAAAGCUGUUCAGCUCUGGCUUCAGUUCUCAGAUCAGACUCCAGCAGUCUGAAGGAUCUUGACCUGAGCAAUAAUAAUCUGCAGGAUUCAGGAGUGAAGCUGCUCUCUGAUGGACUGAAGGACAGUAAACUGGAGAAACUCAGUCUUUCAGAUUGCAAUACAAGUGAAGAAGGUUAUAAAGCUCUGGCUUCAGCUCUGAGAUCAAACCCUUCACACCUGAUAGAGCUGGAUCUCAGAGGAAAUGAUCCUGGACAAUCAGGAGUGAAGGAGCUCACUGAGUUACUACAGGAUCCACACUGUACACUGAAGACACUGAGGUUUUUGAGUCCUACUGCUGAUGAAGGCUGUCAGUUUGUGACUAGAAUUGUGGGUAAAAACCCGUUAUUCCUGACAAAACUGAACCUGAGAGGUCGUAAACUAGGAGACACACGAGUGAAUCAACUCUCUGCUCUACUGCAGGAUAAACACUGUAAACUCAACACACUCAUGCUCAGUAAGUGUGAUCUAAGAGAGGAAAGCUGUUCAGCUCUGGCUUCAGUUCUCAGAUCAGACUCCAGCAGUCUGAAGGAUCUUGACCUGAGCAAUAAUAAUCUGCAGGAUUCAGGAGUGAAGCUGCUCUCUGAUGGACUGAAGGACAGUAAACUGGAGAAACUCAGUUAUUCAGACUGCAAUAUAAGUGAAGAAGGUUAUAAAGCUCUGGCUUCAGCUCUGAGAUCAAACCCUUCACACCUGAUAGAGCUGGAUCUCAGAGGAAAUGAUCCUGGACAAUCAGGAGUGAAGGAGCUCACUGACUUACUACAGGAUCCACACUGUACACUGAAGACACUGAGGUUUUUGAGUCCUACUGCUGAAGAAGGCUGUCAGUUUGUGACUGGAAUUGUGGGUAAAAACCUGUUACUCCUGAAAGAACUGAACCUGAGUGAUCGUGUACUAGGAGACACACGAGUGAAUCAACUCUCUGCUCUACUGCAGGAUAAACACUGUCAGAUUAACACACUCAUGCUCAGUAAGUGUGAUCUAACAGAGGAAAGCUGUUCAGCUCUGGCUUCAGUUCUCAGAUCAGACUCCUGCAGUCUGAAGGAUCUUGACCUGAGCAAUAAUAAUCUGCAGGAUUCAGGAGUGAAGCUGCUCUCUGAUGGACUGAAGGACAGUAAACUGGAGAAACUCAGUCUUUCAGAUUGCAAUACAAGUGAAGAAGGUUAUAAAGCUCUGGCUUCAGCUCUGAGAUCAAACCCUUCACACCUGAUAGAGCUGGAUCUCAGAGGAAAUGAUCCUGGACAAUCAGGAGUGAAGGAGCUCACUGAGUUACUACAGGAUCCACACUGUACACUGAAGAAACUGAGGUUUUUGAGUCCUACUGCUGAUGAAGGCUGUCAGUUUGUGACUAGAAUUGUGCGUAAAAACCCGUUAUUCCUGACAAAACUGAACCUGAGAGGUCGUAAACUAGGAGACACACGAGUGAAUCAACUCUCUGCUCUACUGCAGGAUAAACACUGUAAACUCAACACACUCAUGCUCAGUAAGUGUGAUCUAAGAGAGGAAAGCUGUUCAGCUCUGGCUUCAGUUCUCAGAUCAGACUCCAGCAGUCUGAAGGAUCUUGACCUGAGCAAUAAUAAUCUGCAGGAUUCAGGAGUGAAGCUGCUCUCUGAUGGACUGAAGGACAGUAAACUGGAGAAACUCAGUCUUUCAGAUUGCAAUACAAGUGAAGAAGGUUAUAAAGCUCUGGCUUCAGCUCUGAGAUCAAACCCUUCACACCUGAUAGAGCUGGAUCUCAGAGGAAAUGAUCCUGGACAAUCAGGAGUGAAGGAGCUCACUGAGUUACUGCAGGAUCCACACUGUACACUGAAGACACUGAGGUUUUUGAGUCCUACUGCUGAAGAAGGCUGUCAGUUUGUGACUGGAAUUGUGGGUGAAAACCCGUUACUCCUGAAAGAACUGAAUCUGAGUGAUCGUGAACUAGGAGACACUCGAGUGAAUCAACUCUCUGCUCUACUGCAGGAUAAACACUGUACACUCAACACACUCAUUCUUUCAGACUGCAGUAUCAGUGAAGAAGGUUAUAAAGCUUUGGCUUCAGCUCUGAGAUCAAACCCUUCACACCUGAUAGAGCUGGAUCUCAGAGGAAAUGAUCCUGGACAAUCAGGAGUGAAGGAGCUCACUGACUUACUACAGGAUCCACACUGUACACUGAAGACACUGAGGUUUUUGAGUCCUGCUGCUGAUGAAUUCUGUCAGUUUGUGACUGGUGUUGUGGGUGAAAACCCGUUACUCCUGAAAGAACUGAAUCUGAGUGAACGUGAACUAGGAGACACACGAGUGAAUCAACUCUCUGCUCUACUGCAGGAUAAACACUGUAGACUCAACACACUCAUGCUCAGUAAGUGUGAUCUAACAGAGGAAAGCUGUUCAGCUCUGGCUUCAGUUCUCAGAUCAGACUCCAGCAGUCUGAAGGAUCUUGACCUGAGCAAUAAUAAUCUGCAGGAUUCAGGAGUGAAGCGGCUCUCUGAUGGACUGAAGGACAGUAAACUGGAGAUACUCGGUUUCUUAGGCUGCAGUAUUACUGAAGAAGGUUAUAAAGCUCUGGCUUCAGCUCUGAAAUCAAACCCUUCACACCUAAUAGAGCUGGAUCUCAGAGGAAAUGAUCCUGGACAAUCAGGAGUGAAGGAGCUCACUGAUUUACUACAGGAUCCACACUGUACACUGAAGACACUGAGGUUUUUGAGUCCUGCUGCUGAUGAAUUCUGUCAGUUUGUGACUGAAAUUGUGGGUGAAAACCCAUUACUCCUGACAGAACUGAAUCUGAGUGAUCAUGAACUAGGAGACACACGAGUGAAUCAACUCUCUGCUCUACUGCAGGAUAAACACUGUAAACUCAACACACUCAUGCUCAGCAAGUGUGAUCUAACAGAGGAAAGCUGUUCAGCUCUGGCUUCAGUUCUCAGAUCAGACUCCAGCAGUCUGAAGAAUCUUGACCUGAGCAAUAAUAAUCUGCAGGAUUCAGGAGUGAAGCUGCUCUCUGAUGGACUGAAGGACAGUAAACUGGAGAAACUCAGUCUUUCAGACUGCAGUAUCAGUGAAGAAGGUUAUAAAGCUCUGGCUUCAGCUUUGAGAUCAAACCCUUCACACCUGAUAGAGCUGGAUCUCAGAGGAAAUGAUCCUGGACCAUCAGGUGUAAAGGAGCUCACUGAUUUACUGCAGGAUCCACACUGUACACUGAACACACUGAGGUUUUUGAGUCCUGCUGCUGAUGAAGGCUGUCAGUUUGUGACUGGAAUUGUGGGUGAAAACCCGUUACUCCUGAAAGAACUGAAUCUGAGUGAUCGUGAACUAGGAGACACACGAGUGAAUCAACUCUCUGCUCUACUGCAGGAUAAACACUGUACACUCAACACACUCAUGUUAAGCAGCUGUAAGAUAACAGAUGAAGGUUAUUCUGCUGUGACUUCAGCUCUGAAAUCAAACCCAUCACACCUGAGAGAACUAAAUCUCAGAGAGAAUAAACUCGGAGGCUUUGGAGUGAAAAACCUCAGUGAUUUAUUGAUGAAGCCACAAUUCAAGCUGAAAAUACUAGAUCUGUAUAAUUGCAGUAUUACAGAGGAACAGUGUGAGAUCCUGACUUCAGCUCUGAAAUCAAACCCAACAAACCUGAGAGAACUGAACCUCAGCUGGAAUAAUCUAGGAGACUCUGGAGUGAAAAACCUCAAUAAUUUACUGAUGGAGACACAGUUCAAGCUGGAGAAACUACAUCUGUAUGGAUGCAGUAUUACAGAGAAACAGUGUGUGAUCCUGACUUCAGCUCUGAAAUCAAACCCAUCACACCUGAGAGAACUGGAGCUCAGUAUGAAUAAACUAGGAGACUCUGCAGUAAAAAACCUCAGUGAUUUACUAAUGAAGGCACAAUUCAAGCUGGAGAAACUAAAUCUGUUUAGAUGCAGUAUUACAGAGAAACAGUGUGUGAUCCUGACUUCAGCUCUGAAAUCAAACCCAUCACACCUGAGAGAACUGGACCUCAGCUGGAAUAAACUAGGACCCUCUGCAGUGAAAAACCUCAAUGAUUUUCUGAUGAAGACACAGUUCAAGCUGGAGAAACUACAUCUGUGGUGUUGCAGCAUUACAGAGCAACAAUGUGUGAUCCUGACUUCAGCUCUGAAAUCAAACCCAUCACACCUGAGAGAACUGAACCUCAGUAGGAAUGAAAUAAGAAACACAGGACUGAAUCUCUUAUGUGACGUACUGAAGGAUUCACAAUGUAAAUUGGAGAUACUAAGCCUCUGGAACUGCGGCAUCACAGAUGUUUCUUCUUUAACUCAGUGUUUGAUGAACACAAAAGCUCUGCGGUUUCUAAAAGUGCUUGAUCUGAGCUACAAUCCUAUUGGAGGCUCAAAGCAGGAGCUCAUUGAUGUGAUACAAGACUCAAACUGUAAACUGAUACUUAAAUAGCUUCUGCAUUUUCAGUCAAGAAUCCCUCUCUCAGUCUCAGCUUUUGAUGGCAGAAUCUAGAGUUUCAGCACAGAGGUAAUGUAUUGUAAUGCUGGUGUGGAGAUGUCUGGACCCAGAGCUGCUCUCUGAGAAAACAAAGACUUUUUCUGGAAAUAAACAUUUGAACUUUGUAUGGAAACGUUACGGUACUCCUCUGAGAUGAAGUGAGAAUGAGUAGAUCAGAGUCUUCUUCAUCUUCAUCUGCUGUGUUUCUGCUCUCCUUCAGUCUGAACUCUCUCUACAUGCUCAGAUCAAACUCAAAUGUUUGGCAUAAUUAGACUGACAUAAUUCAAGUUGACCUUUAAAGCACUUUUAACUAUAAUUAUAGUUUCAAUUUGCAAAAGGUGAGUGUUGUUACAAUAAUAAACAAACUUAGAAAAAAAAUGUAUAGAGUUGUGAAUAGGUGGACUCUACAGCUAUCAAUCGUUUACACAGUCCAUCAUGUGUAAAUGCAGAUUAACUUUUCAAAGCAGUGAUAUCGAUGUAUAUAAUAUACAGUUAUGUUUAUAUUUUUUUAAAUAAUUAAAAGUACUUUUUAUAUUGA